AUGAUAAUAAUGAUAGUGUUAUUUAAUAAUGUAUAUCCUGAUGAAGAUGAUGAUGAUGAUGAUAGUGCUUCUUAUAAUGCUUAUAUUGAUGAUGAUGAUGAUGAUGAUGAUGAUAGUGAUGAUGGUGGUGGUGGUGUAGGUGAUGAUGAUGCUAGCAGACAUGUUUGUCUUCUUGGUGUUCUACGUAGAACUGUUUGUCUUCAUGAUGAAGAUGGUGGGGAUAAUGUUGAUGAUAGUGCUUCUCAGAAACGCUUCUUUGAUGAUGAUGACGUUCCAAAGCAAUGGUUUCUUCUUGAUGAUGAUGAUGACGUUGCAAAGGAAUGGUUUCUUCUUGAUAAUGAUGAUGACGUUGCAAAGGAAUGGUUUCUUCUUGAUGAUGAUGAUGACGUUUCAACGGAAUGGUUUCUUCUUGAUAAUGAUGAUGACGUUGCAAAGGAAUGGUUUCUUCUUGAUAAUGAUGAUGACGAAGAUGGUGGGGAUAAUGUUGAUGAUUGUGCUUCUCAGAAACGCUUCUUUGAUGAUGAUGAUGUUCUAAAGGAAUGGUUUCUUCAUGAUGAUGAUGAUGACGUUGCAAAGGAAUGGUUUCUUCUUGAUGAUGAUGAUGACGUUGCAAAGGAAUGGUUUCUUCUUGCUGCUGAUGAUGAUUAUGAUGAUAGUUAUCCACAGAGCAUUAUGUUUGAAUGCUAA